AACGUUAGAAAUGGCUGCAGUGUGGCUCGGCAGGGAACUUCGGGAGCCUCGGACGAUGGCAAAGAACCGUCGAAAGGAGCCACGGGGACGCCCAAAGCCCCGAUGAACGCGUCGAGGAUCCUCCCGCGCUGAUUCUCCGGAACUACGGGCUCGAGCCGGAGCCCCGAUUCCGGGACCCCGGAAGCAACAUCCGUGUGUGUGUGCGUGCGUGUGUGCGUGCGUGCAGCCCUGCGAUCAGAGGAGAACGGUGACAUUUUGGAAAGCGCUAGAUAGAUAAAAAACAAAACCAAGAUAGGAUACAAACGCCCAGGGCUUCACGGGAGAUGCAGUAUCCACCGUAGCGAUGGGCCGUGGAUCCUAAGCCUAACGUGGUGGCCAGGAGGCAGGGGUCACCAUUGACGGCCGGGUCCCCCUGACAUGGAGUGCCCCCCCAGGGGCCUCCGGAGGGGCCGUCUCGUGCUAGGGGGCCGACCCCCGACGCUAGACCUCAUCGAGAACCCGCUUUACGAGGCAGGGCACGCGCCCUCAGAGCCGCCCCCCGUCCCGUCUCCGGCCCCGGCGUCGACCCCGGCCACGUUCGUCCCGGCGGCCGCCGAGAUCCGGCGCCCGCAGCAGCGUCCGCGGGACCAGGCCAGGAAGAUGCACUCCUCGCAGCUGUACGUCCCGCCAUCGGCAUCGGCGCUGCCAUCAAUGGCGCCGUACGGGUCACGAAGUUCGUCUGCUCCGUCGUCCGUGUCGUCUGCCGUCGGGUCAACCAUGGCAGCAGCGGCAGCAACGGCGGCGGCCACGGCAGCGGCGGCGCCAGACGAGGACAUGGAAGUGCGGCGGAGGCCCAAGUUGUCGCGGAGCGAGACAUUCAAGAGGUACGUCCGCAAAAGCACGGCCUCCUUCUUCGGCCUGGACGAGGAAUCAGCACCCGAGAGCUGUCAGCGCUGGACGCUAAGGCGCAAGCGGCUACUCAGCAAGCGCUAUGGCGAGAUUAAGGACCAGUACAUGCGGUCUAGGGACUGGCACCUGUCGCACCUGCAACCGCUCCGGGCGGAGGAUGCGCAGGACUCGGUGGUCCGGCGGAGCGCGUCGGCACGAGAGGUGCCACCGGAGCCUUUCCAUCGCGACCCCGUCUACAAGAUGACCUGGGACGGACUCACCUUCCUCACUACGGAGGUGAGAAAGCGGAUGUCAUCAGGAGCGCAGCUGACUCGGCGGGGAUCACGGCGAAGCUUCAUGCCCUCUGUCGAUGACUCGGCGCUUCCCGAACCAGACGACACACUUUUGGAAUCCCAGGCCCCGACCUCGGACGAGUUGGUGGAUGACGUGUUUUUCGCCAAGACGCCGAGCGCCACGCCGUCGGUGGCGGGGGACGGGCGGCCGCCGGCGUGGCCUCCUGCGCCGGCCUCGGCGUACGAGGUGCCCAGGCAGCAGGCGCCGGCCGGACGCCGGCGGCCGGAGUCGGUCUGGCGCCGGCCAGCCUCGGUCCACGUGGACGAGGAGGAAGACAUGGUGGACGGACGGCUGGGCGUCGGCAUGACGCGCAUCGGCGACAAGGUGCUCAACUGGGCCCUGGACAACUCGGACCGGCGCCAGUACGGCAUGGGCCUCGUGGGGAAGGUGCUGCACAGGAGCUUUCGCAGGGAUCACAUCCCCCGCCACGUCAAGCAGCAGCUCGAUGACAUCGAGGACCACAGGCCGUACUUCACGUACUGGGUGACGACGGUGCAGAUCCUCAUUGCCGUCAUCUCAUUGGCGGUGUACGGCCUCGGCCCCAUUGGAUUCCACAAAACUCAGAGGACCAGCCUGGUGAUGGUGACGACGCUGACGCUACAGCAGGUAGACUUCUACGAGCCGGACAACUUCUGGGUGGGGCCCAGAGCGGCGGACCUGGUCCACCUGGGAGCCAAGUUCACGCCGUGCAUGCGGAAGGACCGGCGCAUCCACGACAGCAUCGCCAAGGACCGGCGGAAAGAGCGCAACACGGCCUGCUGCAUCCGCAACGACCGGUCGGGCUGCGUCCAAACCUCGAGGGACAAGUGCUCCACACGAGGAAUUAUGGCUGGGGAGGUGAUAUCAACCUGGCGCAAGUGGAACGUGAGCCAGCCGGGCCCGCCCCGGUGGGUUGCAGACCCGUCUGCCGUAGGGCAAGACCGCGGGGUCACCCAGCGGCGUCUCUCCGGGUCGGUCUGCGGCCAGGAUCCGAGGUACUGCGAGGAGCCCGCCUCGGUGUUCCCCUUCGAGUGGCCGGACGACAUCACCAAGUGGCCCGUGUGCCGGCGUCCCCAGGCGAGCCGCAAGUCCCCGGACGCCCACAUGUCCUGCGAGGUGGUGGGACGCCCCUGCUGCAUCGGGGUGUACGGCGAGUGCCACAUCACCACCCGGGACUACUGCGACUUCGUGCGGGGCUUCUUCCACGAGGAGGCCGCCCUCUGCUCCCAGGUGUCCUGCCUGAACGACGUGUGCGGCAUGAUUCCCUUUGUAAACCCCGAAGUGCCUGACCAGUUCUACCGGUUGUGGACUUCGCUGUUCCUCCAUGCAGGGAUCUUCCACCUGUGUAUAACUGUGAUAGUGCAGCUGUUUGUGAUGCGCGACCUGGAGAAGCUGGCAGGACCCGUCCGCACGGCCGUCAUCUACAUGUGCUCGGGGGUGGCGGGAAACCUGGCCAGCGCCAUCUUCGUGCCCUACAGGGCAGAGGUGGGGCCAGCAGGCGCGCAGUUCGGACUGCUGGCAUGCCUGUUUGUGGAGGUGAUCCACUGCUGGCAGAUGCUGCGGCGGCCCAGCAGCGCGCUCCUCAAGCUGGGCGGCGGAGCAGCCGUCCUCUUCCUGCUAGGGCUCCUGCCCUGGGUGGAUAACUAUGCCCACGUGUUCGGCUUUGUGUUCGGCUUCCUCCUGUCGUAUGCUCUGCUGCCCUUCGUCUCCUUCGGGAGCUACGACCGCACGGCCAAGGUGGCCCUCAUCUGGGCCUGCCUCAUCGUGUCGGUGGCCCUGUUCCUUGGACUGGUGGUGCUCUUCUACGUGCACCCCAUCUAUGAGUGCUCUUUCUGCCACUACCUGAACUGUCUGCCACUCACCAGGGACCUGUGCGACAGCCACCGCAUCAACAUUACACGUCAGGACACGUGAUGACUGCUGCCAGGGGGCAGGGACCGUCAGCACCACACUCCGUGGGACGCUGCCAAAGACUCAGCAUGCAUCGGUAUUGACAAGGCCACAGACAUAUGCAGCCGAGGACUGGGUCUCUGCAAUUGAAGACCCGAUCUCUGCGGCUGAAGACCAGGUCCCUGCAGCUGAAGACCAGAUCCUUGCAGGUAAAGACCAAAUAUCUGCGGCUGAAGACCGGGUCUCCGAGGAUGAAGACCAGAUCACUGCAGCCGAAGACCAGGUCUUUGCAGCUGAAGACCAACCAUUGUUGUUUACGGUGGUCUGUGACUAGGCACAAGGCCUACAACGUGCCACAUCAUUGCUGAAGAAGCUGGGAAUGUGUGUGUCGAAGAGGUAACAGGCCUUUGCCAUCGAUGACCUGUCAGAAGGCCGAAGAUGUGGAAGUGAUGCAAAAGAUCUGCGGUAGUGCUGUUACUGAAGAGGCAAGGGGUCACCUGUUUGGGUGCUGAGGAGGAAAGAGCAGGAUGAUAAGGGCAUCGAGACCUGAAGAUGCUGAAGAAUGGCCGAGAAAUCUGUAGUUACUAGUGCUGAAGAUGCAAGAGUGAGGUACCCAGUUGUGUGUCACUCUUGAGUACACCCAUGCUGAGGAUAUUCUUCCCAGUGCUGAAGACCAACUAUCACCAUUUGCUGUUGAUGACAAGGGAAGAAGCUAUUGUUUGUAGUGAGGCGAUGGUCUAUGUGCAGAUGGCAUUUGCAAUUCUAAGAGAAAUGGGGCAAAGAAGAGACCUCGGUCUAUCGUAGCUCAGCGCUGAAGGUCGAUCUACUCUUUGGUCUUGGACAGGAAGAUACUGUGCUGAAAAUUCUGAAGAUCUUCAUCAGUUGCAAAUAAGGGAUCUCUUCUGAAGGUGCUGAAGUUGUUGGGAGUCCCAGCACCAGGGAUGGUGUGUUGCACUGCCAUCUCAAAUAAUGAAAGCUGUUUUGAUAGCGACCCCUUGCCAGCAAGGGUUGCACCGUUUUAGACGGGGAGAAAUAUGUUCACUGCAUAAGGCUAUAUGAAACGGUCUUGUUGGGGUAGCCUUCUGAAUUUUCCUACAAGGUGUCCAAGCUUUACGAGUUGACCAUUGUUGAAUAAGGGGAUGAAGAAGGAAAGGAAAGUGCAACUGAGAAGAGGACCAUCUCGGCAUGAAGAGUGACGCCAAAUUUAUCCAACUGCAAAGGUCUGCUCUUGCGUCGUGAAAACUGGGAGUAUUCUUCAGGACUCGGAAUGGCUUCGACAUCAAGAACAUGUUGAUGUCAGUUGUCUUUGGGAACUUCUUUUCUACGCCUGGUGUGCUGAAGUGAGAACGUCUCAGCUGGGGUGGGCCUGCGUGUCGUUUGAUGACCCAUUUUUCCCCCAUUGUCUGUUUUGACGUGCGUGUGAUGAGGUGUUGUCUGUUAACCGGUGCUUGUUCUCAGAGCGAACGGGGAGGGGGUGCACAAUUUGUAUGAAUUUUUUUUUUUAUUACAAUGUUGCUGCAUUGUUUUCGAAUCUUUUUUUUUUUUUUUUUUUUUUUUUUUCAGUUUUACCAAGAAAAAGUUUACGUUGCAUUUUCUGUUGUGGGUCCCUUCUCCGGCAUCAUCCUGCCUUGUUUUUGUUGAUGUGAUAUGACAGGGUUGUUGAGGCACCCCAAAGAGUGAGCUGGAUCGUUAUUAUAUUGCUCGUUGCAUUUGCGAGUGCCCACAUUUCUUUGCUCGGUUUAGUAGGUUGCUCUAGUCAGUUCUCACCACGUUGUAUUUACUUAGAUGCUCAUUUUAACCCCGACUAGGCUCCUUACCGGUUUCCUUUAGUAACGCUUCUGAUGAAGUUUGCCAUGGAUUUGCUACCCUCGGUUCAGCGAGACCAAAGUUACAAGUUUUAAGAGGGAGACGAAUACAAAACUUUAUACCAAAACUUUAUACACCAAAAAGCAGAUGGUCCAUGUUAUCUUUCUGAUCUGCAACUUUUUUGUGGGAUUUGUUCCUUCUGGAAUUUGGAACAUCCUUAAAAGGCAGCAGCUUAUUUCUAGUGCCCCGCCACCCCACCAGGUGGAGCAUUGAUUGGCAUUUUUUGGUACUCGUCUCUUUCUCUCUGUUACAGCGCUGAAAAGGAAGCUUGGUUACAACAAAGAGCUAGCACUCGGCCACAUUUUUUUUAGCGAUGGUUGGUUUGAGACGGGUUUCAUUGCUGGGACAGACGUGCAUGUGUUUGUUAUAAACCUGGUGAUUGUUGCGAAUGUUCGAAGUGACUUGUUUGGAGUUCACGGCGCGUCUUUGGGGUGACGACGACGGAACGGUUUACCACAGGGACAAUAGUUUCAAGGCGGGGCGAAAUAGUGGUUUGCAGACACUUCUAGGGGACAUUUGGGAGAGCUGCUGUUGUGUUUGUGAAGAGUCGAGUAUGUAUAAAUGUGUACACACUGUAAAUAACGAGCAUGCAAAAAAGUGUUACAAAACCCAACGAAGCACUCGGAAAAUUGGAAAUCGAGGACUGCGCGUGCCAAGUUACCGAGAGCUGUGUCGGGGAAAACAAGGAGGGCGAGAGUUUUUUGUACCUUUCUACGGCGCGGCGGUGGGGAGUCGUCGGAACCGGCGGCAGCGCGGAGACGCCGAGACGUUGUCCUGCGUCCAGGUGGCUCGGAAGUGCCGGGACGUCAUUCCGCGUUUGGGAGGCUCGAAGUGCAACAAAAGAAGUCUCGGCGACCGCCGCGCUCUCGACUCUGCAUGCUGCGGAAGAAGGAAGUCCUUUGCGGAGUAAAAGAGGUGGAAAGACGGCGGAAAAAAAAGAAAUCCCGAUUAACAUUCUCGAUUGUAUAAAUAUAUUUUAAUAAAUGCACGCACUUCAAACGCA